CCACACGCCUUACACUCUCGCUUCUGUUUCCUCACCGUUGCUCUCCUUACCGCUGCGUUCAGUGCCCACACUCUCUUGCAACUGCUCUUCGUCAUCGUGCCUUUUUUACUGCACAUUACUCUCAUUCACACUUAUCAAUAUCGACAAGACAGUACCGUCAUUCCCUUGACAUUGCAUUCAUUAAAGGCACACGCCCUGAACGCCCGCACACAACUCAACCCGGUGGAAACUCGUCAGCUUUGGUCAUACGUUGACUUACACCGCCUCUCAAAGCCUACAUAACUUAUCCAACCAACGUCAAUCAAAAUGCGUUUCACCAGCAUCUUCGCUCUCCUGGCUGCCUCGGUCGCCGUCGCUCAGUCCGCGGAUGAGAGCACCACGACCAUGACCGCUACCACCACCAAGACGGUCACCAUCACCAAGUGCAACCCGACCAACACCGCUUGCCCCUUGUACACGCCGACUUCGACUGUUGCGCCUACCAUCAACUCGACGACCUCCACUCCCAUUUCCACCUCCACCUCGUCGUCUUCCUCUUCUUCUUCGUCGUCGUCCUCAUCGUCGUCCCACUUCUACCCGGCUGCCAACUCCACCAGCUUUGCUGGCCCGACCGCCUCGGCUCCUUGGACCAAGUCUACCGUUCUUCCCAUUAAGACCUCUGCCGACUCUUCUGCCCCCACCUCUGCAGGCAGCGUUGUGCCUUCCGCACCUGCGAGCGCCGGCUCUGGUGUCUUCGUUCAAAGCGGUCUCAUGGCCGCCGUUGUCGGUCUUGCUGCUCUCGCGCUCAACUAGACGGUUCAUCUGGUCGCCAGAGAGCAAUUUACAACGCGCACCUCUCAGUCACUUCACAUUAAUUCGAUUCACGACUGAUAUCACUAUUAUUCUCAGGGGAUAGGCUGAUUGGAGACCUUUUGUUUUAUCAACGAUUCUGGGUGUUUUGGAAAGCGGAUUGGAGCCUCGGCUACCGGGUGGCCUUACACUUCUAGCCAUAGACUUAUUGUUUGGGUGUCAGAUGAGUUGGAGGAGUUUAUACCUACUGGGACAUGAUUGCAGACAUACCCGACAGAUGAUGCACAUACUCAUACUCUAUUUUCUGAAUGAGACGAACCUAUGAUGACCUCACAUUUUGCCCCUCUUUGGCUCUGGAAUGCAAUGACUGUGGUGAAAUGACGCACGAUCGGGCUGUUUCAAUGUGAGAUGUUUGCG